CAAGAGGGGAGAGCGCCGACCAAAUCCCUAGCAAGAACAGGGGUGUGGGGAACGAAGGGAGGAGAGUCCUCUGUGCUUGUGUAUGCCAAGUCGCCUCCUCCUCUCUGUUCGCGUCCCGUCCCACGCGAAACCCGGCGCUCUCAGAAAGAUGGCGAUGAUAGUUGCUCUAGGUGACGGGUACUAGUUGUCCUUGGCCGCAGCAGGAAAUUAUGCUUUUUUCUGCCGCAUAAUUUUGCUAGUACUUCAGGAAAAAGAUGCAGGGCGAUUAUUUGAUGUGUUAUCCGUUGGGUGUAAGGUUACAGAAACCUGGCAGUGAAGAACAAUUUGAUCCUAGUUCUGAAUUACACACUUUCUUGGCUUCAGAACACUGGUGCACGAAAUUCAUGGCUUCAGACAUGGGGAAGAAGCUCAUGCAGAUCGAUGUGAGCUCAGAUACAGUGUGCCCUUGGUGUUUUGUUGGUAAAAAGAACCUCGAGAGAGCAAUGGAGCAAACCAAGGACAAGUAUAAUUUUGAGGUCCGUUGGCAUCCAUUCUUUCUGAACCCUGAUGCGCCUAAGGAAGGCAUCAGGAAAUCUGACUUCUACAAGAUGAAAUUCGGCCCUGUUCAAUUUGAGCGUGCAACAUCUCGCAUGACAGAGAUAUUUCAAGGACUUGGACUUGAAUAUGACAUGUCAGGGUUGACUGGGAAUACGAUGGAUAGCCAUAGGCUCAUAACACUUGCUGGACAUCAAGGCUAUGACAAGCAAAAUGCUCUUGUAGAAGAAUUAUUCCAGAGUUAUUUUUGCCAAGGAAAGUAUAUCGGUGACAAGCAGGUUUUGCUGGAUGUUGCAAGAAAGGUGGGCAUAGAAGGGGCAGAACAGCUGCUUGAAGACCCUAGCAGAGGAGUCGAUGAGGUUCAGGAAGAACUCAACAAGUACUCAUCUGCCAUUUCCGGGGUCCCUCACUUUGUGAUCAAUGGAAAAUAUCAACUUAGUGGUGGCCAGCCUCCAAGUGUAUUCAUGAGGGCGUUUGAGAUGGUGGCAAAAGAUGGAGCUUAACUGUGAUCUAAGGAACUCCAAGUAUGUUUGUGUAUGUUGAAGGGAUAAGAAUUGGAGUACAGAAUUUAACAAUAAAGUUGGAGUACAAUUAAUUUAUAGCUGAUUGUGAAACAUCUGGAAUUAUUUUUAUUUCCAUAAUUUUGAGGUGGUGAUAAUUAGUGGUGAACAUAUUUGAAUAAAUUUUUGAGGUGAUAGGAUAUGGCAGAGGUGUCAGAAUGUCGCAAAA